UUUAUACGUCGUUUUGGCGGUUAGAAUCACAAUGAGUUGAAUUAUUUGUAGUUGUGAAAUGAUAAGUGAUGUCAAGGUUGAGGUGAUGCUGGAGACGGUUCGUUAAAUACGAACGGAGCGAUGGAUUCAAGUUAGUUCGAACGGCAUCCAUCAAGAGGCGCGGCCGCACACACUUCUAGUUGAUUAGACAUUUAAAAUGCCGCCAGUUGCUGUGCCCAAUGAGGCACCGAAGAAGCAACUUCGAGUUGCUAUCAUCGGUCAGAGUACAUUCGCUGCGGAAGUAUUUAAAUUGCUAGAGAAAGACGGUCACGAAGUGGUCGGUGUGUUCACAGUACUGGACAAAGGCAAUAGAGAGGAUCCACUUGCAACAAUUGCUGCACAGUAUGGGAAGCCAGUGUUCAAAUACAAGACAUGGAGGGUCAAAGGGAAGGUCAUACCUGAAGUAUUGGAACAAUACAAAUCUGUGAAUGCAGACAUCAAUGUGUUACCUUUCUGUUCACAAUUCAUCCCCAUGGAGGUGAUAAUGCACCCCAAGUACCAGAGUAUCUGCUACCACCCCAGCAUCCUGCCCAGGCAUAGGGGCGCGUCGUCUAUUAACUGGACAUUAAUAGAAGGAGACACGACUUGCGGUCUGUCAAUCUUCUGGGCAGACGAUGGUCUGGACACAGGUCCCAUACUGCUGCAGAAGUCAUUCCCUGCCACCAUCGAUGACACUGUUGACACAUUGUACAAUAAAUACUUAUACCCUGAAGGUAUCAAGGCUCUGGCGGAGUCAGUGAACAUGGUGUCCAACGGCACCGCGCCCAGGAUACAGCAGACGGAGGAAGGUGCCACUUACGAUCCUGCACUCUUCAAGCCUGAGACACACCAAAUAGAUUGGUCUAAAGGUGGUAUAGCACUACACAACUUCAUCCGAGGUCUGGACUCCUCGCCGGGAGCCACCACCUACAUCAAAGGUCAGAAUAAAGAAGGUGUUGAGGAGGAUGUGGAGGUGAAAUUCUUCGGCUCCUCCCUCUGGCAGGCGGAGUACGAGGCUGGUGGAGACACGCUCGUCAUCCCCGGCCUUGACACACCCGCUGUUAUACAUGACGCAGGGUUACUUAUUACCGCUAAUGAUGGUGUUAAGUUAAACGUUCAAAGAUUGAAAGUGAACGGUAAAAUGAUAAAUGCGCAGAAUUUCUUCAAAGCGAACGAAUCCAAGGUAUCUCUAGAAUUAACUGCAGAAGAGAAGCAGUUCGUAGAGGGCGCUCGCGACGUUUGGAAAGCGAUACUUAGAAUUGACAUAGAAGAUGAGACUGACUUCUUCGCGUCAGGCGCCGGCUCUAUGGACGUCGUCAGAUUGGUAGAGGAAGUUAAAGAUUUAGCAAAAAUUGAACUGCAAAACGAAGACAUUUAUAUGAACACGACAUUCGAGGAGUUCUGUCAAAUCGCAGUUUUAAAAUCUAGGGGAGGUUUGGAUAAAAAGGAGAUAGUCUACGAUGGGGUUGAAAUGGAAGUGAAUAAAAUGAAGAUUAAAUUCCCUACACAGUUGUUUAUAAAUGGAGAGUUCGUUAAUUCUGACAGCGGCAAGUUAUUGACGAUUGUGAACCCGUCAGAUGAAUCAGUUAUCUGCAAGGUGCAGAGUGCGUCUGAGGGUGACGUCGACAAGGCGGUUAAGGCUGCUAAGGUCGCCUUCGAAGAAGGAGAGUGGUCUAAAAUUAGCGCCAGAGAACGAGGACAGUUACUCUUCAAACUAGCCGACCUAAUGGAGCAGCACAAAGAGGAACUAGCGACGAUAGAGUCGCUGGACUCCGGCGCGGUGUACACGCUGGCGCUGAAGACGCACGUCGGCAUGUCCAUAGAGACGUGGCGGUACUUCGCCGGCUGCUGCGACAAGAUCCAGGGCGCCACCCUGCCCGUCAGCCACGCGCGCCCCAACAGGAACCUCGCCCUCACCAAGCGCGAGCCCAUAGGCGUGUGCGCCCUCAUCACCCCCUGGAACUACCCCUUGAUGAUGCUGUCCUGGAAGAUGGCGGCCUGCCUCGCUGCAGGGAAUACUGUCGUGAUGAAACCGGCCGCGGUGUGUCCGUUGACCGCGCUGAAGUUCGCGGAGCUGUGCGCGCGCGCCGGCAUCCCGCGCGGCGUCGUCAACAUCCUGCCCGGCUCGGGCGCGCGCUGCGGGCAGGCGCUCGCUGACCACAGCCUCGUCAGGAAGCUCGGCUUCACCGGCAGCACUGAGAUCGGUCAAACAAUAAUGCGUUCCUGUGCGGUGUCCAAUUUAAAGAAAGUAUCACUGGAGUUGGGCGGAAAGUCGCCGCUCAUCAUAUUUGAAGACUGUGACCUUGAUAAAGCCAUCAGAAAUGGUAUGGCGGCAGUAUUCUUCAACAAGGGCGAGAACUGCAUAGCGGCGGGCAGGCUGUUCGUGGAGGAGCGCAUACACGACGAGUUCGUACGCAGAGUCGUCUCUGAGACCAAGAAGAUGGUGAUAGGAGACCCGCUGCACCGCGGCACCGCACACGGACCUCAGAACCACAAGGCACAUAUGGAUAAACUUAUUGAGUUCUGCGAGCGCGGCGUGAAGGAGGGCGCUACGUUAGUAUACGGCGGCGGGCGCGUGGCGCGGCCCGGAUACUUCUUCACGCCCACCGUGUUCACGGACGUACAGGACCACAUGUACAUCGCUAAGGAGGAGUCUUUCGGACCUAUUAUGAUUAUCAGCAAGUUUUCUAGCAAGAACAUAGAUGAGGUGAUGCGUCGCGCGAACGCUACGGAGUACGGUCUGGCGAGCGGCGUGUUCACGCGGGACGUGUCGCGCGCGCUGGCCGCCGCCGACAGACUGGACGCCGGCACUGUCUUCAUCAACACGUACAACAAGACGGACGUCGCUGCGCCCUUCGGAGGAUUCAAGCAAUCCGGCUUCGGGAAAGACCUAGGUCAAGAAGCUCUCAACGAGUAUCUCAAGACGAAAUGCAUCACCAUUGAAUAUUAAAUAAGAUUGUUUUGUUUUAUUUUUCUAUUGAAAUGUAUUUUUUUUUAUUUGUAUAUAUGUAUAUAUGUAUAAAAAAUUGGUUAUGAAUCAAUGAUAUAUUUGUAUGACUGAGAAAUCUUUAACGCCUUUUCCACUGAUGCAGAAGCACCAGUGGAAAUAGACACAUCUUGAAUAAAUAUUUUUUUUGUAUAUAAAA